CAUUUGCUACCAGAGACUCUUCCCUAAAAUUAGGAAUCCCUCAUCUUCCUCCUCCUCUUCCUCUCUCUCUUCUGAAACCUACCCAUUAGGGCUUCCAUUGUCCUCUCUCCGUCUCCCCAAGGGAUGUCCAUGGUAUAGUUAGGGGAAAAAAUUCACCUUUUUCAAUCCCAUGGGGGCCUGCAUAUCAGUGCAAGGAUCUCUAUUGAAGAAAGCAAAACAUACCCAUAAUCCACCCGGCAGCUCACCGCCAAAACCUCGUUCUGAGACAAGCAAAUCGCGAAGGAGGACCCCACGAUCCUCACGCCUAAUCACUGUGCUCAAAAAUCCAUCCGGGGAUGACAUCUUCAAGCGCUACGCCUUUGGGAAGGAACUUGGGAGGGGAGAAUUCGGCAUCACCUACGAAUGUUGUGAUAACCUCACGGGAGAGAUGUUGGCGUGCAAGACAAUAUCAAAGGGGAAGUUGAAGACGGAGAUAGACGUGGAGGACGUGAGGAGGGAGGUGGAGAUCAUGAGGCAUCUGCCCGCGCAUCCUAACAUUGUUAGGUACAAGGAUGUUUUUGAGGAUAAAGAGGCUGUUUAUCUUGUUAUGGAGCUUUGUCAGGGUGGUGAGCUCUUUGAUAGGAUUGUUGCAAGGGGGCAUUAUACUGAGAGAGGGGCUGCUACUAUUACCAAAACCAUUAUUGAGGUUGUCCAGGUUUGCCAUAAACAUGGAGUAAUACACAGAGACCUAAAACCCGAAAACUUCUUGUAUGCCAAUACUAGUGAGAAUUCUCCAUUGAAGGCAAUUGAUUUCGGCCUCUCCAUAUUCUUUGAGCCCGGUCAGCAUUUUGGGGAAAUCGUUGGAAGCCCCUACUACAUGGCUCCUGAAGUCCUUAGACGCAAUUACGGUCCAGAAAUAGAUGUAUGGAGUGCUGGUGUCAUUCUUUACAUCUUACUGUGUGGAGUUCCUCCUUUUUGGGCAGAGAGUGAAGAAGGAAUAGCACAGGCAAUAGUGAGGGGUGAAAUAGACUUUGAGAGGGAUCCAUGGACAAGAGUUUCGGAAGAUGCUAAGGAUCUCGUGAAGGGCAUGCUCGACCCUAACCCUUACAGCCGGAUGACUGUAGAAGAAGUCCUCGAACAUCGCUGGAUAUAUAACGCGGAUCAGGUCCCUAACAUUCCUUUGGGGGAAAACGUCAGAGCAAGAAUCAAACAAUUUUCGUUGAUGAACAAGUUCAAGAAGAAAGUCCUCAGAGUAGUCGCUGAUAACUUGCCACAAGAAGAAGUAGCGGGAAUCAAACAGGUGUUCCAUAUGAUGGACACUGACAAGAAUGGAAACUUGAGCUUUGAAGAGCUCAAAGAUGGUCUACAUAUGAUUGGGCAGCCGGUUGCUGAUCCUGAAGUGCAGAUGUUAAUGGAUGCUGCUGAUUUUGAUGGGAAUGGAAUGCUCAACUGCGAAGAGUUUGUGACUAUGUCCGUUCAUCUGAAGAAAAUUGGGAGUGAUGAUGAGCUGCUCCGGCAAGCUUUUCGCCAUUUUGACAAGGAUGAGAGUGGGUACAUCGAGUAUGAAGAGCUUAGAGAAGGUUUGUCAGAAGAAAACCUUGGUCCAAACAAUGACCAAGUGAUCCAAGACAUUAUAUAUGAUGUUGACUUGGAUAAGGAUGGUCGAAUCAGUUACCAGGAGUUCGAGGCGAUGAUGACAAUGGGUGUGGAGUGGAGGAUGGCUUCCCGCCAAUACUCGAGAGCAAUGCUCAAUAAACUUAGCCAGAGAUUGUUCAAAGACAAAUCCGUUCGAGUGAAAAAUGAAACCACGGUUAUUGAAUGUGACGUUGCAGAAUAAGAGAUUCCUCACAGAUUGAGAUUGAUCUCUCCUUUUUGUUCUCGAGAACAUAAAAAAUGUGUUUGUAUUUUGAUUUUUGAAAAUGGAGAAGGAAAACAAAAGAAAGAAAGAAAGAAAGAGAG